GAACGCUGCACAAGUGGAAGUAUAUUUCAAUCGCUCAUCUCUUAGUAACAAUUAUUUGUGAAAAAGCGUAAUGGCUCGUACAAAGCAGACUGCCCGUAAGUCCACCGGAGGUAAGGCUACGCGUAAACAGCUGGUCAUCAAAGCCGCUCGUAAGAGUGCCCCUUCGACCGGUGGUGUCAAGAAACCUCAUCGUUACCGUCCGGGUACUGUGGCCCUUCGUGAAAUUCGUCGGUACCAAAAAUCUACCGAGUUGCUCAUCCGUAAGCUGCCCUUCCAGCGACUGGUCCGUGAAAUCGUCCAGGAUUUCAAGACCGAUUUGCGCUUCCAGUCGGCCGCUAUUGGUGCACUCCAGGAAGCCAGCGAAGCGUACCUGAUUGGUCUGUUCGAAGACACCAACUUGUGCGCCAUUCACGCGAAGCGAGUCACGAUCAUGCCUAAAGAUAUUCAGUUGGCUCGCCGCAUCCGAGGCGAACUCGCUUAAGUAGUCAUUUUACUCCUUCACUAUCAGCACCAUCUCCCACGUUUCAACUAAAUUCGGUUGAUAUUUCUCUUGAUUUCUUUGACGUCAUCUUUCUAAACAUCUGACCCAAGGAGAAAAUUUAAAAGAAAACUGAUUUUAGGUUUAGUAUAUUAUACGCAGUCGUGAGAAAAUUCAUAACAUUCAUUCGCGUUUAAGAACAAUUAUACAUUUAAGAUAGUAGUCGAUAAGGAAAUGUGUGAUGAACAUGAAAAAAACGGCAAAAACAAUUUUACCGUCAGAUUUUGUUUUCCCUGAUCCGCCACUGGCCGGGAAGCAAAAAAAAAUCUUGUAUACAAUACUGAAAUUCAGGCACAGACAGAACCGAAUAUUUUUGCCCACAAACAAGCAUACAUCCAUACACACACACACACACACACACA